GCCGCUGCUCGUCUUCCAGUAGUUCUCCGCCCACCGACAGAGAGAGAGGACGCAGCUUAGCUAACGCGGGUUCCCGAGCGAAACAUAUGGCAAAAAUAGCCUCCUUUCUUUCUUUCAACGUUGGGCCCACUACUCUUUAAAAAUUCCGCCGAAAAAGAGAAGACGAUUUUCCAAAUCCUUUCGGCCGUUAUCUCACGGCUCCCCUGUCUCUGUACAGGCGUAUGAGCGCUACCCAGAGGGCCUAGGGGCGGCCCUUUACAGGGAGCACUUUGACUUCAACGCUGAGCCACCUUGGGAUCCUAGCUGAUAGCGGGACAGGUCCAUCUCCUGACUUGUCCAUUUUGUUGCAUACCGGCAGGACCCCAUUGGCUCAGUCGUGACCCCUUCGCUUGUUUACUACUUCUUUAUGAUCGUCGGCUUAGUGGAAAACGGUUAAGAUGAAAGGAUUCCCUGACAAACCAAGUUACAUCCUUGAACUCCUGGAGGGAGGAGUUACUCUGGAAGACGUCAUUGAUGGACACAUCUGCGAACAGGAUCAGGUGGAGAAAAGCGCGUUUGUGGUGGGCGACCUCGGCGCGCUGAUGCGCCAGCACACGUGCUGGCAGAGCGUGGUGCCGCGGCUCCAGCCUUACUACCCUGUCAGGUGCAACAGCAGCCCCGCAGUCAUCGAGGUGCUGGCCUCUUUUGGCCUGGGCUUUGUUUGUGCCAACAAGGCUGAGGUGAGUCUGGUUCUGGACCACGGCGUGCCCCCAGAAAACAUCAUUCUGUCAAGUGCUUUUAAGCAGCUAGCACACCUCAAGUAUGCCGCCAAGAACGGCAUACAGCAUCUCGUGUGUGAGAACGAGGCAGAGUUGUCCAAGAUUGCUCGCCUGCACCCUGAUGCAAAGCUGCUGUUGCAGUUGACUACCGAGGAGCACGCGGCAGAGACCAGCAUGCCCUUUGGCUUCUCACUGAAGAGCUGCAGACAUCUGCUGGAGACGGCCAAGGAGCUGGGGGUCCAGGUGGCCGGAGCCGCCUUCCACAUCCCGAGCUCCUGCCAGGACCCGCAGCAGGCCUACACCCGCGCGCUGUCGGACGCUCGCUGUGUGUUUGACAUGGGGCUGGAUCUGGGCUUUAACAUGCACAUCCUGGAUAUCGGUGGUGGAUUUACUGGUUCGGAGCUUCAGCUCAAACAGGUUGAGUCUGCAGUCCGGCCUCUCCUGGAUGCUUACUUCCCCCAGCGAUCCGGUGUGCAGGUUCUGGCCCAGCCUGGCUGCUUCUACGUGGCCUCUGCUUUCACCCUGGCUGUCGGUGUAAUUGGCAAGGAGGUGGUGACCCGCCGCUGGGACAGCUUGUCUCAAGGUGAGAAGAACGAGGACGCAGAGUUCCUGUACUACAUGAACGAGGGCGUUUAUGGUUCGUUCAGCCACAAACUGCUGGGUAGCCUCAUCACCACCCCAUCAGUGCACAAGCAUGCCCUGUGUGCCGAUGAAGCGGUGUAUCCCAGCAGUCUGUGGGGCCCGUCGCUGGACCAGCUGGACCAGGUGGUGGAGCGCUGCCUUCUGCCCGAGCUCAUGGUGGGAGACUGGCUCCUCUUCUCCAACAUGGGGACAUGCGGUCUGGAGGAGUUCAGCUGCGGCUCCACCUCCAGCCAGCUGCCCGUCUACUACACCAUCUCCACCUCUGACUGGUACGAAAUGCAGGAGGCGGGCGUGGCACUGGACGGCGCCAUGAAGAACUUCUCCAUGCUCCAGUACAGCGCCUAACUACGCUCGGCCCCCCUGUCCUGUUUUGUAUUGCACAGAUGUUCCUUCCUCUGCUUUUCACCAUGUGAGAAGAGAGGUCGGCGCGGUAUUACGGACAAGGGGCUCAACAUUCCAGCCACCGUGGGGGGGAGAAAAAAGCUGUGUCCUAUCAAAGAUUUCCUUCCAGAGUUUGACUUGUGUUUUGUUUGUUUUUUGCUUCUAGAAUGGGAAAAGAGUUUAGUUGUGCGAUACCUCGAUUUAAAUCCCUAAAUUCACCUGGUUGAUAAUCGAAACCCCUGCGACUGAAUCUGUCGGCUAAAAGAGCGUUAGCCUUAGCUCGAGUGAUAUUAUGCAACAAAAUGGACGACUCACCGGAGAUGGGAGCCCAUGCUGUUUUGGGUGGGUUUAUUUUUAAAUCAAAGUCAGUUUACAAAUUGUAUAAUUUAAUCAGUUAAAUUCAAAUCGUCUCUAUUGAUAAUCUGACAGUCUCGUAAACUCCAGCACAUGUUGUCUUUACAUGAUUUUUCGUUUCGUUUUGGAUUCAGUGCUAGUGUUGGAUCUGUUCGUCGAACCCCUUACUUUGUACAGAAACAAUAAUGAUCUAACGUUUCGCUCGGCUGCAGCUCACCUCAGUGUUUUAUUUAUUGGAAUCAAAUAUUACGGUGACAUAUUUCAAACUCCAACUUUAAAUGUGUUUGGUCCAGGUAAUAUGCUGUGGCCUCGUCUAUCAGUGUUUUCCUGAUGACAUAUUUAUGUGGUGGUUAUUUAUUAACUUUUUUUUAAAAAAAACGCUACAGGAUUAGAUGUGCUGUGACCUCAGCGGUUUCCCUCCAUUCAAAAGGGGGCAGCGGGAUUUUUUUUUUUCCUCGUUGUAUGUCCCUUUGCUGAUGCAGAGAAACCACAUAGCAACACACUCCUUGUCUCUAAGAGAGAAGGGGGGUCAGUCUGGUUUAAAAAUGCACAGAUUUGGAUCAAAAGAACCUGAAGCAACCAUCUCUAAGAUCUACACGUCGGUGUCGCUCUCGGUCCUUUACUGAGGACCCCCCCCAAAGCUAGCUAUGUUAGUGAAGUGUGAUCGUAAAAUCUCGUACCAAAAGUACACAAACGUCUAUCUUUAAAGCGAAAGGCACUGAAAGUUAAACACAGGCAUCUCUGGUUAAUUACAUGUUAGAUCUUUCGUUGUGCCUCUUGUAAGACAUGAGCGGCGCAGUGCGGAGCCUCUUGUACAGCUUCAUGUUUGAUAACUUAAUAGGUGAUUUGACUCAGCAGCAGUUUAUAAGAAUCCUGCCCUUGUGUUUUACAAGUGACUAAUGUAUUAAUUGUCUAAGGCACUAAUGGACCAUAGCCUGUUUUGACUGUAAAUUGUGCUUGUUAAAGUAAUGAAAGUGAUUAAUUUAAUACAUUUCUGACUGAAAUA